AUGCCGAAAAUAGACACCAAGGAUAUGGAGGCUCCCCGCCAUAUUCCUCUAACAGCUCCUAUCACGGCUCGCCGCCGCAGAAUUCACCAUAUCAUCAUCAGAGAGGCGGCUGGGGAGGGCAAGGCCAUCAUGGGCGGCGUAAAUAACCCUAAUCCUUACUAUCAAAACCAGCAAGGCCACUACGGGGGUAGCCAACACGGAUAUCAACAAUCCUACCGAGGGGGUCGUGGUCAUGGUCCUCACCGUGGGCAUUUCCAACAAGACCAGAGAUUCAACGGCCCCCGUCAUCGAGGCAGAGGCGGACAUUUCAAUAAUUUACAAUGGACAGCACCAGGCCCAAAACAAGGUGGAUCGCAAAACCAAAAUUUUCAAGGCGGACACGGGAAUCAAUCGCAAACAUCUCCAACUCAUUCGCAAACGGCGUCACAGGACGGCCGCGAAGGCGCGCCAGCCGAGGAGGAGAAUGCCUUCCGACCGUCAAAAGAAUUGCAAGUGGAGGAUCAAGGGAACAGCAGGAUCAACAAUACAGAUCAGAACACACAGGGUAAUGACCAACAAGGACCGGCUGCUUCCAAAUUCAGCUUCGCCUUCAAGUCCAAAGCUCCUCCUCAGGCUCCAGCUAAACCUGCUGCAGAUUUUUCAAGACCAAAGGGACCAUUCCAACCUCCAGAUAAUCGGCCGCCACCGCCCCAAGGCCCCAAGAACAAACACUUUGACCGCCGUGACGACAGACAUGGAUUUCGGCCUCAUGAUCGGAAAUUUCCGGCUUAUCCAGACCGAAGGCCGCCCAACGACCGCCAACAGCAACAGCAGCAUCAACAACCACCUUCAAGGGAACGCCGACCGGACCGAUCGCGCUCUCCACCUUCGAAGAAGAUCAAAAAAGAGAUCAAGUCUCGGCCUACGUUGCCUCCCGAGUUUGCAGAAUCCGAGUCUAUAUAUUACCGAAAGCCGGGCAACGAGUCUGUUGUGGGCGCAGGUACAUAUGGAAAAGUAUUCAAGGCCAUUCACAUCUACACAAAGGACAAGGUUGCACUGAAAAAGAUUCGAAUGGAAGGCGAACGAGACGGAUUUCCCAUCACGGCCGUGCGCGAGAUCAGAUUAUUGCAACACCUACGACAUAAGCACGUGGUGGCAUUACAAGAGGUCAUGGUGGAAAAGAACGAAUGCUUCAUGGUUUUUGAGUACCUCUCGCAUGACCUGACUGGACUCAUCAACCAUCCAACAUUCAAACUUACGCCGGCACACAAAAAGGACUUGGCCAAGCAAAUGUUUGAUGGCCUAGAUUAUCUCCAUCGACGGGGCGUGUUGCACCGGGACAUCAAGGCCGCCAACAUUCUGAUCUCUAACACAGGUCAACUGAAAUACGCCGACUUCGGCCUUGCACGAUUCUACAACAAGUCUCGAAAACUCGAUUACACCAAUCGUGUGAUCACAAUCUGGUAUCGACCUCCGGAGCUUCUCCUGGGUGAAACUCAAUAUGGACCUGAAGUGGAUAUCUGGUCUGCAGCUUGUGUAUUUGUGGAAAUGUUCACCAAGAAAGCGAUCUUCCCAGGAGAAGGCGGAGAGCUCAGCCAACUCGACAAAGUAUACAACGUGCUCGGAACACCGACUCGAUCAGAUUGGCCCGGGAUUGUGGAUCUCCCUUGGUUUGAGCUCAUGCAACCGGUCGAUCGACGAAAGAGGGUAUUUGAAGCCAUGUUCAAAGACAUCUUCACGCCCGCGGGUCUUGACCUUGUGCAGAAGAUGUUCAAAUACGACCCGAAAAAGCGGCCCAACGCGGAACAAGUGCUCAAUCACGAGUACUUCACUUCUGAGGAGCCGCUGCCAGAACAGCCAGUGGAGCUUGCGAAUGUCGAAGGCGAUUGGCAUGAAUUUGAAAGCAAGGCGCACAGGAGAGAGAACGACAAGCGCGAGAAAGAGCGCAGAAAAGAGGAAUACAUUCGAGAGAAAGAGAAGAGAAAGGCUCGCGAAGCCGGUCUUACUGAUUUGGCUACAGGCGCCGACAAAAAGACCAAGGUGGAUGAUGAGGCUGCGUCGAAAGGAAGCAUGCCUCCUCCGCCACCCGCAAAUGGUGAUAGCGCUCCUGUGAACGCCACGAAUCGAGCGGCAGAUCCGUUGACGGAGACAACAAUAGAGCAUGAACACGGAGAUGGGGACUCGGAAGGCGAAGACGGCGCGCCCAUGAGCAUGUCGCCCGCCUGA